UCUUCUUCCUCUACUUUUCCUAUUUUUUUUUUUUUUUCUUUCCCCCUUUUCUUUUUCUUCUUUUUUCCCUUUUUCUUCUUCUUCCUCUUCUUUUUUUUCUUUCCUUCUUUUACAGGGAGGUUUCAAGCGUUUGACUACGGCCCAACAAGAAACCUCGACGAGUAUGGGUCACUCACGCCCCGCCAGUACUCGCUAAAACGAGUCACUGUCCCCGUGGGUUUGUUUUGGUCAGAAGAUGACUGGAUCAACACGCCUAGAGUAAGUAAAUUUAGUGCGAAAUCGGGCAGUUUUUUUCUUUCUUUCUUUCUUUCUUUCUUUCUUUCUUUUCUUUUUCUUCUUCCUUUUUUUCAUUUGCGGUGUUUUUUUUUUCAAUGUCUUUUGUGGUAUAUUGGAGAUGUGGCGCGAAUCGCAAAGGAACUUCCGAACGUGACGCUAAACUACAAAGUUCCGGUCAGAAGGUUCAACCAUCUGGACUUCCUCUGGUCUGAGAACGCCCGCCGCCUGGUUUACAUCCCCUUGAUGAAAUUCUUAAAAGCGUAAAGAUUAAGAAGAAAAAAGAAAGAAAGAAGUUCCGGUUAGGUUCGGGUUAAAUUUAGCUGAUGCCCCAAUUAAGAAGAAAGAAGAAAAUAGAAAGAAAAAACAGUUCCGGUGAGGUUCGGAUUAAAUUUAGCUGAUGCCCUAAACACAGUCAAAGCAGAGGCAUUCGGACAUUCCCAUGAAAGGUUUUUGUCUCGUCUAAAGGUACCCCUUCGGCCCUGAUAAAGGUGACUUUUCAGUGGUGCUUUUUGGGCGUUUCUUAAAUAUCCGUGAGUGCUUGUAAAGGUACCCCUCAACCCUUCUAAAAAUGUCAUUUCGAUCCUUAUAAAGGUGACGCUUCGAUUUCCCAGCUUUCAGAUGACGGCGUUGAAUAAAUAAAGGCUAAAGCUGGUCGACUGCGUGCAAUAAGAUAAAAUAAUAAUAACAAUAAUAAAAGUACUGCUCUUAGAGUACAUCCGAGAUCCCUUAACAGUCACUGGCAGCGACAGGAGUCCCAAAUAUACCAUGGAAUCCCAAUUUCCGUGGUGUCCCCGUGGAGCUGCCACCUCAAAUUUUCACAAGGAAAUCGCUAAACGUAAUAAUGUUAUUGGAAUUAUUUUUGUUCCCUGACAUGUCAAAUUACAAAGAACAAAUGAGGUCGAAUGAUUUAACAAUAAAUUCCAGACUUGUCCAUUCCAAAUCUACAGAGUAUUUUCGUCCGCACUGCUGAAGUAGUCGUAGAUGACGUCAGGACCCAGGUUGUA